AUGGAUCAACAGUUCAUUUUUGACCUUGAUGCAGCAGGCCCCAACAUGCCGGCGACAACAAGGAGAAUAGAUCGAACAUCAUCGGUUUACGAUGUUUGUUUAUGGCUGCAAGAAAACCAGUUCCCGGGAGGAACUGUGGACGCGUUCAGAGACAAUUUAGUUGACGGGAGUGUGGUCCAUUCUCUGAAAGAACAUCAGAUAAGAGAGCUGAUCCCACAACUUGGAGUCCGUGUGAAAUUCGAAGAGCUGCAUCAGCAAAUGUUGGGUUCACCAACACCCACUGUUAGAUAUGACUAUGAGACAGCGGAAACUGACUCCCAGGUUUCACUUGAUGCAACACUAUCGGAGAUCCUGAGCAGCUCCCAAACUGUAAUUGAGGGAUUUGAAAGUCCGGCAUCGUUUGAUAUAAGCCCAAUAGCAUAUAAGCUAGCAUUGUCACCAGCACCCAGUUCGAGUUGUUCAUUUUCCAUAUCAACUGAUUUUCCAAGGAGUGCGACGUUCGCUACCCCAACGAUCAGUCGUCCAGCCGCUGCAGCAGGCUGUGCAGCCUCCAGUCCAACCGAGGUGAUAUAUCAGCCUCUACCGCCUUCAAAGCCUUCGACUUUCCAGACAUGCCAGAUCCCUGGUCCUCCGGAGACACUACCAAGGCCGCUAUCUUUGCCGAACUUUAGUGCUCGCCUAAAAGACAGUAUAACGGCAGGAAAGCUGGGGCUGGAUUCGUCGGUAAAUAACCUUUUCAUCGUGGAAUGUGUGAACUAUUUCACCAGUUUCAAAUCGAAUCUCGCCAAGGACUAUACAGAAAUAGCCGAAAAGAUUGUGACAGAAUACCCUGUCCUGGGUGACCCGUUUGGAAAAAAUAAAUGGGAUUCCAUCCGAGAAAAAUUCAUCAAUGCUGUUCUCUAUAGGCGAAAGACGCCUAGGGCGAAACGUGACCAAAUGGAGAAGCCUGGGAAAAGGAGGCAGAAAGUUCUUCCCGACCACAGUUAUGGAGAAAAUGUCAAGUUACCUAAGACCGAACUACAGAAACUGUCCCCUAAGAAGUCGACGGUGAAGGCUUUGCUGGAGGCAACAUACACCAGCCGGAGGGAUUGGAUUACCUCUACACCCUCACCGUGA